AUGAAAGAACCUCAAGUGGGAAAUGGUUCAAAUUCAAUUAUUCCAAAAUGGCUUGAAGUGCUUUUGAGUGGAAAAUUCUUUAAUUCAUGUUUGGUUCAUGAAUUUGAGAAAAAGAAUGAAGAAAAUGCAUUUUGUUUGGAUUGUUGCCUUAGUUUAUGCAUCCACUGUUUGCCUUCUCACCAAAAUCAUAAACUUUUGCAGUUAAGAAGGUAUGUUUAUCAAGAUGUAAUACGCUUGAAAGAUGUUGACAAACUCCUUGAUUGCUCCUUUGUUCAAUCAUAUACAACAAACAGUGCUAAAGUGGUGUUCUUGAAUCAAAGGCCAAUUAAAAGACAAUUAAUCAAGGGCUCACUUAAUUACACUUGUAAUCUAUGUCACAAAAGCCUUCAAUGCCCAAACAUCUUUUGCUCCAUCUCAUGCAAGGUUUGA